AUGAUCGUCGCAUUCCCUUGUGGGCCUUGGAAAGUCCACUUGACGAGGUCUCGUCUGAACGCUCUGGCUGGACUGUGUGUCCUGCUUUUCACGGUCAGCGGCCUCUACCUCUACAGGUUUAGAGAGCCCCCUCCGCUAGAAUUUGACUUUCACCAUCAUCCUGCUCCUGUUCAUCCCAUCGACCACUUGGUCAACGCGGCCAACGAGCAAUGGCGCAUCCUCCUCAGUCAAGAUUCCAAAUCGCUUCCGAAUGCCACCGAGCAAUACCGUCGUCGCCGCGGUCGCCAUCCUCCACCGGGCUUUGCGGAAUGGUACGCGUUCGCGAAAGACAAGGACGCGCUAAUAAUUGAGGAGCUUUUCGAUCAGAUCUACCACGAUCUCAGUCCAUAUUGGGGGACGGAGCCACGGGAGUUACGACGACAAGCCAGUGGUUUCGAACCCCGUAUCAUAGUGCGGAACCGGACAGCUCUGCCCAUGGGUGGCACCCCAGCUGGAUGGAUGGGGCAAUGGCUUAGUCUCGUACGAACUGUUGAGCAGUAUCUUCCUGACUUGGAUAUGCCUCUGAACGGGAUGGAUGAGCCUCGUGUGAUUGUCCCGUGGGAGGAUCUUGCCCAGCACGUGGAGAGAGACCACGCGGUCCGGCGUAUCCUCGACCCCGGGCAAGUGGUUUCAGAAUAUAUGGACCUUCCUGACCCGGACAAAGACGUGCCGGAACCAUAUGACCCUGGGUUCACAAAUGGAGAUGGGAAGCCUUACUGGUAUUUGGCCCGAGUCGCUUGCCCUCCUGAUAGCCCGUCACGCAACAGUGAUAUUGCAAACGUGGACUUCGCCAAUCCGCCGCCGGAACUCUACAAUUAUAUUCAUCUGUCGCAAGAUGGAUAUAUCAAGAACUGGACCCUGGCGAAGGACCCUUGUAUCCGGCCUGAGUUCCAGGCUUUGCAUGGCUCCUUCGUUGCCCCCACUAGUGUUUCGACGACACAUCAGCUCUUUCCUCUUUUUGGUGGAUCCAAACUCCCAAUCAACAACGGUAUCCUCAUUCCCCCUGCAGUGUAUUGGGGCGAUGACGAGUUGUUUACCGGAGGGGCAGGUAAUCAUGGGGGCAAGUGGGACGACAAGCUGGACACCUUCUUCUGGCGCGGACUGGCAUCCGGGGGACGGAAUACUAAAGAAACUUGGACCAGGUUUCAAAGACACCGUUUUGUCUCAAUGCUCAAUGCGACAUCAGUUGGAACUGCCCUGAACAGCAGUGAAGACUCCUUCUUCAAUUUCCGGCUCCCGGAUUUUGAGUACUACCAUCUGGGAUCAGGGCGCAGCGGUGAGCUUUCUACCUUACUUUCCGACCAUGCCGACGCCCGCUUCACUGGGUUGGCAUGCUCCCCCGCGACCGGAAAUCCUCACUGUCCAUACACCGAUCCAUUUUUCGAAAUCACGCCAAUGGUACCCAUGAAGUCCAACUAUGAACAUAAGUAUCUUCCAGAUAUCGACGGGAACUCAUUUAGUGGGCGGUAUCGGGCUUUUCUCCUCUCGACAUCCCUUCCUAUCAAGGCCACAGUAUAUAACGAAUGGCACGAUUCGCGCCUAAUCCCGUGGGCCCAUUUCAUCCCCAUGGACACGACGUUUUUGGACUUUUAUGGUAUCAUGGAUUAUCUUCUCGCACACGAUAUCACGGCGAAGGCAGUCGCGAUGAAUGGCAGACGUUGGGCCGAGACUGUCCUGCGGAAGGAAGACAUGGAAGUGUAUAUGUACCGUUUACUCCUGGAGUACGCGCGAAUUUGUGACGAUCGCCGGGAAUUUCUAGGAUAUGUUGAUCUUCGAUAA